GAUUUUUCAAAGCUUGUAGCUAUUUGUACGCUUUGGAUCGUCGAGUAUUAUGUUUUAUAGUAUCGAUCUAUUGUCUGCUCAUCGUGGAAGAUUUGGCGUAAUAUGGUUGGCGGCGACCAGAGUAAGAAAGCAGCUUACGAGAAGAGAGCUAAAUUCAGUUAAUAUUGUUACUGCAUGCAACGAGAUAACAAGCCAUAUUUUGGGGAAGACGAAAAUAAGACUGUCGUUGUACUUAGCAUCGCAGUUGACGUUCGGGUUAUGUGUCAUCUAUAGAGAAAAAGUUGUCUUUAUGCUGCGUAAGUUGACUGUAUAAUUCACAGUUUUUCACUUAAUUUGGUAUCUCCACGAUAUUAAGUUAUCUCUUAAAUUUCUCUCACAUAUUAGGCGAUCUUCAGGAACUGAGUCAACGGGCUUGCGUAUUAACAGUUCGCUCCAUUGAUCUGCCGACGUGGUAAAACUUACAUGUCGAUGUUCCUUUCUGUCCGUUUCAUAUGUGUUUCUUUGUUUGUAUCAUUUUUCUCUUAGUCUUUACUCACAUUAAAGUUUUUUUCUUAAAGUGACAGACGCGAGUCGCACACUAGGCGAAGACGUACCUCGGUGGCGGAGGCUCCUGAAUUACCUAUGUGGAAUAAUAACGACGACAUCAAUGAAUUCGGAAAUUUGCAGCUGCCUGACUUAGUCUGGCCUGAAAUCGAGGCUAGUUUAGAGUUUAUGGAUACACAAACACUUUAUCAGGCACGAAGAGAAGAUAUUACUUUGGUUGAGGAUCCUCUAGAUACUAUACCAUAUAAACCUCCUGAUGAUGAUUUAAUACCACUGGACUUUGCACAUCUCACUGAAUUGUUUAAACACAGUCAAAGUUCAAUCUACGGAGAUGAUUUUCCUGUGACUAGUUCUACAAGAAAACACUUAUUAUCAGAAAGUGCAACUAGUUUGGCUGAAUGUUCUACAGUGAAGCGGUCACGUCAUUUGGAUGAGUCUGAAAGGUUCACAACUCCAGCGAAUCUAGAAACCAUCGAAGAAGUUCAAUUGCCGGUUGCCACAGAGUGUCAAACGCUGCCUGAGGCUGCAGAGUUAGUGAACAUACCACAAGUUUCAGACAAUGUGGAGACUGUUACGGAAGCUAUUGUUGAGAAUGUACCUGCCGUACAAAUCACCGCAAUGCCAGUGGAUUUAGACGAAGUACAGUUGCCUCCUGUAUCAACAAGCACUGAAGUACGAAUUGAUUCGUGUUUAUUGGAAAAUGUUCAGGAGACUAGUGUUACAGUGGAACGAUUUGAAUUAAGCUCAGGUAUGUUGGGAGAAUUGAAUGAAACUCAGAUUAUACCUCAAGGCAGAGAAAGACAGCCCAGUGGUAAUAAUACGGUUGAGCAACAGCCAACUGAAGUGCAACAAGCAUUUCCACCCUUUCAUUUAAGUCCAUUACCACCACCACCUACUAAUAAAGUUAUACGGAAUAGAAGAAAAAUGAGACGAAAAUUCCCCCGAGGAUUGAUCAUUGAUGAAGCAACCACUUUAUCGUCAGCAGAAAUGAAAUAUAAUAUGGAACAUGGGGAAGAAACAAUGCGAUCACGUGGUGAGUUGCUGGCUGAACCUAGUCGACGCUGUCAAUUCAAAUAUCUUGUAUCACGUGAUGUUAAUCGUCUAUUUUCAAUGCCUGGUCGUCUGGAAGUUAUGCAAUGUUCAGCACUUGCAGAACUUUGGCGUCAGCGUCUUCAUUAUUGUGAACAGGCCGUGAAGCAAGGUCGUUUACACGAAGAAGAUAGGAUAAGUCAUAACACUGAUGAUUUGUUCCAAUUGAAUCAGCCUACCAUCAGGCCAUCUAGCCGGAUGGCGAGUAUUGCAGAAGAAAAUGAAUCAUCAGUUGAAAUUCAACGAUUAGCUAGAGAUACUUCAUCGGUACACAGAGCUGAAUCCCUUCUCAGUGGUGGUGCCGGUAAUACUUUAAUUGAUGUAACAACAACUAAUCAGCCAGCUAGUGUUCGUGAGUCAUUAGUGAACUUGAAUGAUCCUGCACAAAGUACCGCCGCUGUUGUAGCUGAAGGUGGUGAUGGUGGUGGUGGAGCUACUGAUCAAGUGACAACACGAACUCAUCCAAAGCUAAACAUCAAUGCUAUUUCACAAUCAACUCCACAACAGACGAUAGUCCAAUCAUUAUCACAUCAUUUUGAAUCAACAACAAUGUUAGGUCCUGUACUGGAGGAACGUGAAGAACAAAUACAAAUGAAUGAAAAUGAAUUAAUCCCUCCUGUGCCAGUGUCAACUGAAUUCCCACUGGAACCAGAAAUUCCUGCUGCUGCUCCCCCAGCUCCUCCUCCUUCCCAGGUUUUGCCUUCACCUCCUAAAGAAAGGGAAAAUGCUUUUGAUAAAAAAUCACAGAUUUGGGAGUAUCUUCGAGAUCGACUGGCAUCACCCGAUUGGGAAUCAGUUAGCAUUGAAGAACUCUGUCCACCAGGUGUUAGUAGCAAAAAGGAGGCUGCAUUUGUGUUUAUGAAAUUGUUAGAACUGUCCAAAAAGCGCCGAAUCACUAUGACACAAAAUGUAGCUUUUGGAGAGAUUCGUAUCAGGUUGAAGGAAUAGUCAAUUGAAGAAUAUCAUGAAAUGUUCGUUUUCUAAUCCCUUUGACGUUUAUCAUGAUUAUUAUUAUUAAUGUUAUUAUUAUGUAUGUGUUUCCAAAGGUAUUCAUCCCUUUGAUUAAGUUUUAGAGGAAUUCAGAGUUUUAUAUUAUUAUUAUUAUUAUUAUUAUUGUUAUUGCUAUUUUUAUUACUAUUAAUAUUUUUAUUCAUUAUUUUUUCACGUUCUCAUCCCUU